AAAUAAUGUCCCUACACCUAAAAACAGCAGCAGGUGUAAGGUCAUGAACCUUGUUCGAGGCAUUAUUCCUCUAUAAUGCAACGAAAGGUCGCAUGGUUUUUAAAAAAUCUCGACCAACUCCAAAUGCGAGUCGUAAGUGCUUAAAUCUAGUGCCUCUCCGUGUCUCACAGCCAGAAAAAUGGAUAUAGAACAUAGUAUUAAAUCGGAAAUACUGAGUGAUAAAAUUAGAAACAACAAUUCGAAUAACUUAUGCUUAACCGUGGAAUUGUGCGUUGUUUGUGGGGACAGGGCUUCCGGGAGACAUUAUGGUGCUAUUAGCUGUGAAGGUUGUAAGGGAUUUUUCAAGAGGUCUAUACGAAAACAGCUCGGGUAUCAAUGUAGAGGAAGCAAGAAUUGCGAAGUUACCAAACACCACAGAAAUAGGUGUCAAUAUUGUAGACUCCAGAAAUGUUUAGCUUGUGGAAUGAGAAGUGAUUCUGUACAACACGAACGUAAACCAAUUAUAGACAAAAAAGACUACUCGAAUAACAUAGGAAAUAACUACAAUUCCAACAGUGUAAAUAAAAUCUUCAUAAGGAAAGACUUGAGCACGGACUCGCCAGGCUUACUACCAGCCCCCUUCAACCCCUGCGACCUGGGACUCCAAUUCCUCAACAAGCGAAUCGGCAAUAGCGGGUCCUCCGAGCUGCCGUACCACUUGUCCCCGAGCCAAGCAAGCAUCGAAGACGACGUCUCGAUGGACAGUACAAACACCGGGGCUGGUGAACUAAGUGACGCUUUAAUAAUGGCCCGUGACAAGCAGUUAAUCUCGAAAGCCUUAGACACGAUGGCUCGAGUCCAGUGCCUUAAUGGCACCGACCUCUCCUCUUUAACUUCCUCUGAAGAGAAAUGCUACGACUACGAUGGCCCAAUCCUCAGCGAGCAACACAUCAGUUUCAAUCUGCAAAUCCCGGGUCCUGUCCCCCCUUACUUGAACAUCCACUACAUCUGCGAGAGUGGUUCCCGGUUGCUGUUUUUGUCCAUUCAUUGGACGCGAAACAUCCCUGCGUUUCAGUAUUUGACCACUGAGGCGCAAAUUACGCUCCUGAGGGGCUGUUGGGCCGAGUUGUUUACUUUGGGGCUAGCGCAAUGCUCGCAGACUUUGUCGCUUUCGACGAUACUAUCGGCACUUAUAAGUCACUUGCAUACUUUAAUAGCGCAGGAUAAGAUGUCAGCGACUAAAGUAAAACAAGUCAGUGACCAUAUUGUCAAGUUGCAAGAUUAUGCCACCACUAUGAAUCGGUUGAAUGUUGAUGAACACGAGUAUGCGUAUUUGAAAGCCAUCACUUUGUUUUCCGCCGACCAACCGGAUAUCUUGUUGAGGAAACAUGUGGAAAAGCUGCAGGAGAAGUCGUUUCAAGGGCUGAAGAACUAUGUCCAUAGUAGUUUUCCCGAUGACGUUGAUCGUUUUCCGAGGUUGCUACUGCGGCUUCCGCCUCUUCGAGGCUUGGAACCGCUAGUCCUUGAAGAAUUGUUUUUUGCUGGCUUGAUUGGACAAGUGCAAAUUGAUAGUGUUAUACCCUAUAUCUUGCGUAUGGGAAAUGGGAUGCCUACUCCGACCAACAGACAUGUCAAGUCCGAGCAAAUUGAGGAUUUUAUGUGUAAAUAACGUGCAAUGUUCCUAAGGGAUCGUUUUGGUGUUUUUCGUGAUUUUAUUUAUAUCUAGUUUAAUUAUUUUUAUAACAAAUGCUCUCGUUACAUAUGACUGGUGUGGAUAAUUAACGGAAACAUUUGUACCUUUGUAUUUUAAGUUUACGAAAAGCAACAAAGUAUUUCCAUUCCAGGGACCGGAAGUGGCAUUUCUACUUAAUUCCAAAUCAAAAUUCUUUUGCAUUUGGCGCCUUCAAAAUCGUCCGAUUCCGGUCGUGUAAUUUGUGAUUGUCCACACUAUUUUAUAUACUUAAUAUUUCUGUUAUUUAACUAGUAGUGGAGUAGUUUGAUGUAUGAGGUAUUGGUGCAAUGCACUUUUUAUGAUGUGAUAAACGUAGGUUUGUGCCUUGCAAUCUAGACAAUAUGACUUAAAUAUGUAUUUUUGGACGACAUAAUAAAGUAACUUUCUUCACA